AUGCUCACCACUCACAGCAGCCCUCUGCUGGCGGAGCCUCUUCCCAGCAGAUACAAACUCUACAAGGAGUCAGAGCUCACCAGCCCCAGCUGGCCCUCCAGCCCCCAGGACACGCACCCCGCUCUGCCCCUCCUGGAAAUGCCUGAAGAAAAGGAUCUCCGGCCACCCAGUGAAGACAGCCACAUUGUGAAAAUUGAAAAAUCCAGUGACCGGAGUAAAAGGAGAGGAAGUGAGGUGGCCCGUCGGGGCUCAGCCCGCCGGGGAGGCAUCAGCCUCUUCCAGGCAGUGGGCUACCUCACGGGCGAGAUGAAGGAGUGCAGGAACUGGCUGAAAGACAAGCCGCUGGCCCUCCAGCUGACCGACUGGGUCCUGCGGGGGACAGCUCAGGUGAUGUUCGUCAACAACCCUCUGAGCGGGCUUGUCAUCUUCAUCGGCCUCCUGAUCCAGAAUCCCUGGUGGACUAUCGCCGGGGCACUGGGGGCAGUGGUCUCCACCUUAACUGCCCUCGCCCUGAGCCAGGACAGGUCAGCCAUCGCUGCAGGACUCCACGGGUACAACGGGAUGCUGGUGGGGCUGCUGCUGGCCGCGUUCUCCAAGAAGCUAGACUACUACUGGUGGCUUCUGUUUCCGGUGACCUUUACAGCCAUGGCCUGCCCGGUUCUUUCUAGUGCCUUGAAUUCCAUCUUCAGCAAGUGGGACCUCCCUGUCUUCACGUUACCCUUCAACAUCGCCGUGACCCUAUACCUGGCAGCCACAGGCCACUACAACCUCUUCUUCCCCACAACACUAGUGGAGCCCGUGUCCUCAGUACCCAAUAUCACCUGGACAGAGAUUGAAAUGCCCUUGCUGCUACAGGCCAUCCCCGUCGGAGUCAGCCAGGUGUAUGGCUGUAACAAUCCCUGGACAGGUGGCGUGUUCCUGGUGGCUCUGUUCAUCUGCUCACCACUCAUCUGCUUGCAUGCGGCCAUUGGCUCCAUUGUGGGGAUGCUGGCAGCCCUGACGGUGGCCACACCCUUCGAGAACAUCUACAUGGGCCUCUGGAGCUACAACUGCGUCCUGUCCUGCAUUGCCAUUGGGGGCAUGUUCUACGCCCUCACCUGGCAGACCCACCUUCUGGCUCUCGUCUGUGCCCUAUUCUGUGCAUACAUGGGAGCCGCCCUCUCCAACAUAAUGUCAGUGGUCGGUGUGCCACCAGGAACCUGGCCCUUCUGCCUCUCUACUCUCAUCUUCCUGCUCCUGACGACCAACAACCCUGCCAUCUACAAGCUCCCACUCAGCAAAAUCACCUACCCAGAGGCCAACCGUGUCUACUACCUGACGGUGAAAAGCGGUGAAGAGGAGAAGUCCCCCAGCGAAGGCGGUGGACAGCAGCCGACCACAGUGAGCCCCAAGGCUGAUGAAGGCUCAGAGGCCGUGCUCCCCAAGCCCAGAAGCGUGUUCCACAUCGAGUGGUCAUCCAUUCGGAGGAGGAGCAAAGUCUUUGGAAGAAGCGAACACCAGGAAAGACCAGCCAAAGACUCGCUUCCCUAUCAAUACCGGAAGCCCACAGUCGAGUUACUGGAUCUGGACAUCAUGGAGGAGAGCACAGAGAGCAAGACUUCCUGGAUUCAGAGUUCCAUGGCCGCCAGUGGCAAAAGAGUCAGCCAAGCCCUUAGCUACAUCACAGGAGAGAUGAAGGCGUGUGGAGAGGGGCUUAAAGACAAGUCCCCAGUGUUUCAGUUCCUGGACUGGGUGCUGCGGGGCACAUCUCAGGUGAUGUUUGUGAACAACCCCCUCAGCGGUCUCCUCAUGGUCAUCGGCCUCUUCAUUCAGAACCCCUGGUGGGCCCUCUUGGGCUGCGUGGGCACCGUGGUGUCCACUUUGACAGCCCUCGUCCUGAGUCAGGACAGGUCGGCCAUCGCUGCAGGACUCCACGGGUACAACGGGGUGCUGGUGGGGCUGCUGCUGGCCGUGUUCUCGGACAAGGGUGACUAUUACUGGUGGCUUUUGCUCCCUGUGAUCAUUAUGUCCACGUCCUGCCCCAUCCUCUCCAGUGCUCUGGGCACCAUCUUCAGCAAGUGGGACCUCCCCGUCUUCACGCUACCCUUCAACAUCGCCGUGACCCUGUACCUGGCAGCCACAGGCCACUACAACCUCUUCUUCCCCACGACACUGCUGCAGCCUGCCGCCUCCGUGCCCAAUAUCACCUGGUCUGAGGUCCAGGUGCCCUUGCUUUUGAGAGCCAUCCCUGUCGGCAUUGGCCAAGUGUUUGGCUGUGAUAAUCCCUGGACUGGCGGCAUCUUCAUCAUAGCUUUGUUCGUUUCUUCACCUCUUAUUUGCUUGCACGCUGUGAUUGGAUCCACCAUAGGCAUGCUCGCAGCGCUCACCAUCGCCACGCCCUUUCACUCCAUCUACUUGGGGCUGUGUGGCUACAACAGCGCGCUGGCCUGCAUCGCCAUCGGAGGCAUGUUCUACGUCAUCAACUGGCAGACGCACCUGCUCGCCAUGGCCUGCGCACUGUUCUCGGCCUACCUGGGUGCUGCCCUGGCUAACAUGUUCUCUGUGUUCGGACUGCCUCCCUGCACCUGGCCCUUCUGCCUCUCGGCUCUCACCUUCCUGCUCCUGUCGACCAACAACCCCGCCAUCUACAGGCUCCCACUCAGCAAAGUCACCUACCCGGAGGCCAACCGUGUCUACUACCUGUCCCAGGAGAAAAACAGAAGAGCGUCGAUUCUAACAAAGUACCAGGCUUACGAUGUCUCCUAAGUUGUCUUUUCCAAAACACGCCACUAUAAACUCAGUCUUCAGCAGACUGUCCAGGUGCCCAGGCUGAAGGUCACUCCACCCCAGCUUCUGUCCUCUCUGUGAUUCUACCCCCCCAAGCAAGCCUACACCCCCUCAUUCCAAAGCACAGGGAAAUAUGUGUGUAGUCACAAUUUAGGAGCCUCUCUGUUCUGAGAUACACACUUAGCACAGAUACAAUUAUUUGAUAGUUCAGACUUUAUUCCCGUAGCUCACUCCGUAAAAACUUCCUUUAAGGAAACUUCUGCAAAAUAAGCCACCACCCUGAAGAGAACUCACCAGGAAGGGAACAGAGAUUGGUGACGUGGUCAUUCAACUCAGAGCAAGCGUCAUGUCAGGAAAUGCACCAGACUGGAGGUUGACCCAGCCUGGCUCUGCUGGUGACCUCCCACCCCCUCCAGCCCCACACUCAGCCUCGUCUUGUUGGUUCCAUGACAGGAAGGGAUUCUGUGGGCCCCUCUGCAUCAGAAAUGUUGAUUCUUCUUUCUCUCCUAUAAACUGACGACAUCAGCAUACCAACAAGUCAUUAUUUUAGUUAGCUAAAACACAGAGGGGUUACCUGGAGCAGAGGCAGAAAAUGGUGAUGUUCCAUGGAGGUUUACCUUUGAGCCGUGGGAAGGUGGCCUCCAACCUGAGGUCAGGAGGCUAAAUUCCAUGGAAAUGCCAAGGUUCCUACAGUUAUAUAGCAGAAAUAUUUCUGGAAAUAUCCUAAGAAAUCU